CAGCAUCAGUGAAGUAUAUCUGUAUCAAAUUGUGUAUGUAUUUUUGAUAGAGGUGAAAUAACUUGCAUUCCCGUCUGCCAUAUAGGGCCGAUAAGUCUGUUUUUAUUGUCAAUCUGCGUCUAUUGAACAGGUUGCUAUUCACACGAAGGAAUGAAUGAUCACAAAAAGUUAUCAAAAUCACUUUGUAGAAGACCUGAGAGUUCCGGACUGAUGAAAAACCUAACAGUAAUAUGGCUUGUUCAAAGUUGUGCGAUUGUGGUUUCUGGCAAAUUAUGCCUAGUUGACCCACUAUGUAAAUGUACACACUUGAAGCAAGAAUUGGAUUGUUCUAAUAGGAAUAUAACAGAAAUACCUGCAUUACCAAAAAAUUUAACUGAAAUAAACUUCAGUGGAAAUACGAUAAAAAAAGUACCGGAUGACGUUUUCUUUAACAACGGUCUACUUGAAUUGUUAGACUUAUCACACAACCUUAUUUCUAAUUUACAUCGAAGAUCAUUUUCUGGACUAGUGAGUGUUAAAAGACUUCUUCUAAAUAACAAUGAUAUAUCAGAUGUACAUGGUUAUGCUUUGACUGAAUUAAUGAGCUUGCUUGAACUUAACUUUAAAAUGAACCCUUAUGACUCAUUAGGUUUGAACUUCACGGGAAUUUCGCUUAUAACAGCCAAAUUAGACUUUCGCCAACCAUACAAUAUGACUAGAAAUUUUUGGAGCAUGCCGAAACUCAGGAAUAUGGAUGUAUCUGGUUUAACUGGUAUUUGUAAUGUCAAAACGUUAUCUGCGGACGUGUUCAAACUUUUACCAAAACUUGAAACAAUAAAUGUUUCAGCGUGCUCUAUUAAUUAUAUUUAUAUAGGGACAUUUCGCACAUUAAGCAAUUUAAUCUAUCUGGAUGUGUCGUUAAAUCGAUGUUUGAAGUUUUCGGGCGUAGAAAAUAUUACCAACGAUUUGCCUUAUACAUCAAUUAAGAUAUUGAACAUAAACAAAGUUCACCAAGAUUUCGAACUAAAUACGGAAAUAACAAUUAAACAUUUUCAGAAUCUCAAAAAUACAACCCUAGAAACUUUAUACAUUGAAGGAAAUAGAAUCCAACUAAUUGAACCUGGAGCGCUUUUGUAUUUACCAAAAACUAUGCAGAACGUUUUCGCUGCAGACAAUCAAUUUUCUUUCGGAGGCUACAUUAAAGAUGUCGUCAAGACCCCGAUACACUUUGUAAAUUUAUCAAAUUUGUUUACACCACAUAAUCCUACCAUAAAACCAGAAAUAUGUGAUUUUGUUGCAGAAAGGUGUAUUCGAUCAGGCGACGGUCAUAAACGAUUUUACGAACGAUACCUGCAUUCGCCUGUGAAAGAACAAAACACUAUUCCACCUUAUAUAUCGGUCCCUCCGAAUAUGACAAAGUUCAUUUACAAAGGUUGUAAUUUACGAUAUAAAAUUCCCCUUGUUCUUAUUUCAAGCAAUAAAGUGAAAUAUAUUGAUGCUAGCUUUAAUAUAUUUCACUCUUGGAAUGGAACAGUGGUGUCGUUUAACAACCUUGAGUACUUAGAUAUGUCGAACAAUUUUUGUACAAACAUAUCAAAUAAUUUUUUUCUGAGAGCUCGAAAUUUGAAAUAUCUUUACGUUCAAAAUAAUCUACUUGGAUUUGUAUUGCCAAAAGAUACUGAUGGCAGAAUACUACGGACUGUUGAGAAGCUUGAGGCUAUUAACUUAGCGUUUAAUAGAAUCCAACUGCUUCCAUGGAUGUUUUUCAAACAGCAGAGAUUGCUACGCAAGUUGAAUAUAAGUAACAACAUGUUAGAUAAUAUCACAUUUGAUAUAAGUCAUAUGGAUCACUUGAUAUACUGUGAUAUAUCAAACAACAUACUGUCAUCUCUACCUAAGAGUUUCCGUGAUCAGCUGAAAAAUUCAAUCAGAAUGGGAAACUAAAAGUUGACAUCAGUGAAAAUAAUUUUCGAUGCGCUUGCGACAACCUUGACUUCGUUCAAUGGGUUUCAAUAUAUCAUACACAUCUUGUCAAUUUACAUUUAACAAGCUGCUAUCUUAAAAAUAGAACGAUAGUUAA